CAUUGACAGUUUGAGUAAGCGAAGCGAUACUCGGCAAGCCGCGUAUUUUUGUGAAUUACACGAAAACAAAAGUAUAGAACCAGCAAUAAAGAACAAAUCCUAUUGGUUAGAGUAAUAUUUGCAAAAUGCCAUAUGCGAAUCAGCCGUCUGUGCACAUAACGGAACUAACUGAUGAUAAUGUGAAGUUCGUGGUGGAAGACACGGAGUUGAGCGUCGCCAACAGCAUGAGGCGCGUGUUCAUCGCUGAGACGCCGACGAUGGCCAUCGACUGGGUGCAGCUGGACGCCAAUUCCACAGUGCUCAGUGACGAGUUCCUGGCACACAGAAUCGGUCUCAUCCCGCUCAUAUCCGACGAUGUCGUCGACAAAAUCCGCUAUUCCAGAGAUUGUAUGUGUGCAGACUUCUGCUCUGAAUGUAGUGUUGAGUUCACGCUCGACGUGAAAUGCACAGAUGAUCAGACGAGGCAUGUGACCACUGCAGACUUGAAGUCCAGCGAUCCCCGAGUGGUGCCAGUGACAUCGCGCCACCGAGAUGAAGACCAAACCGAUUACGGAGAAGCUGACGAAAUACUGAUUAUAAAACUGCGAAAAGGUCAAGAACUGAAACUUAGAGCUUAUGCCAAGAAAGGGUUUGGCAAAGAACAUGCUAAGUGGAAUCCAACUGCGGGUGUAUCAUUUGAGUAUGAUCCGGAUAAUAUCAUGAGGCACACUUUGUAUCCCAAACCAGAUGAGUGGCCUAAGAGUGAACAUUCAGAACUGGAUGAAGACCAGUAUGAAGCAGAGUUCAACUGGGAGGCGAAGCCAAACAAAUUUUUCUACAAUGUGGAGUCCUCGGGAGCACUCAAGCCAGAGAACAUUGUGUUAAUGGGAAUAGUUGUGUUGAAGAACAAAUUAUUGAACUUACAAGUACAGCUCGCUCAAGAAGUACAGAAUGAUGCUUUAGCUAUUAAUUAAAAUAAGACAUUACCUAUUUGGAAUAAAUAACUAUUUUUAAGGAUAAAAGAAUAAUGUAUUCUCAUUUAGAAAAAUCUGCUCUAUCUGUAAACUUUUUCCAUAUGAGCCAUAAAUUGCUAUAAUUCUCUUUCCUCAUCCU